UGCCUGCCUUCGGUUCCGAAAAGCCACGGCGUCUCGCCCGGGUUGAAUUUUGGUUUUCAAACCCGGCUCAGACAGGAUCCUGAGACCCCUGGCCAUCCCCACAGCUCAUCCCCAGCUGCCACUCACUGCAGACGCGGAUCUCAGGACAAGACUGGGUUUGCUGCCGCUCUGUCGCCGCCGGGACAGGUCAGGAUCCAGGCCUUGUGGCCUCUACCCGAGCUCCCAACUCCGCCGCCCCAGCCAUGGCACAGAAACCCAAGAUAGACCCCCACGUCGGGCGGCUAGGCUACCUGCAGGCGCUGGUCACAGAGUUCCAGGAAACCGAGAGCCAAGAUGCCAAGGAGCAAGUCCUCGCCAACCUCGCUAACUUCGCUUAUGACCCGGGGAACUACCAGUACCUACGGCAACUACAAGUCUUGGACUUAUUCCUUGAUUCUCUGUCGGAAGAGAAUGAAACCCUAAUCAAGUUUGCUAUUGGAGGACUCUGUAACCUGUGCCCGGACAAGGCCAACAAGGAGUACAUCCUGCAGGCAGGGGGCCUCCCGCUCAUCAUCGGCUGCCUGUCCAGUCCUAACGAGGAGACUGUGCUGUCCGCUGUCACCACACUCAUGUACCUGAGCUCACCAGGCUCCCGCUCCCAUCCUGAGUUGACCUCCCUGCCCGUGGUCCAGUGCAUGCUGCGCUUUUCUCUCUCAGCCAGCACACGGCUCCGGAACCUGGCCCAGAUAUUCCUAGAGGACUUCUGCUCCCCGAGCCAGGUGGCUGAGGCCCACAGCCAGCAGGCCCAUUCUGCCCUGGGGAUCCCACUGCCAAAGACUGCCCCACAGCAUCCCCAAUCCAAGGACACUUAAAGAUCCUGCCACUUUCUGCCCGAGACUAGUCCUGGCACAGGUAUAGGAAGCAGAAGGCUAAUAGCACCCUGAGCCCACCCUGAGCCCGUCCUUCGCAAGUGGUGCUCGUUCAGCUGCAUGCAAGCUGCAGUCUUAGCAUGACAGGCAUUUGCAUCUAGGGAAAACAGGAGGAGGGACAAAGCCAGACUUGAGAUACUUAGAGGAGAAAACCAAAGCUGGUAUGGCUUUCAUGGACUGGCACUCAGUAAGUUACAGACAGACCACCACCUCUGCUGCCCCCAGUACCCAGCUAAUGCCCUUGUGUAAGAAGCUGUGCCCCUGGGAGAGUGGCCAGUACCAUGAGUGUCCAGAGUAAUUUUGAUGGCUAGAGAUCAAUCAGCCUUAUUGUCUGGGGAAAUGCUGUGGGUUGACUCCUCCAGCGUUGAGGCUGAGCAUCUGGGCAUGGUAGCGUGGACUUGGAGAGCUGCAGAAAGGAAACCACUGUCUACACAACCCUGCUCUCUGCCAGGCGCCCUGCCCCAUGAGGAACGGGGAGGUGAAGUUUCUUCCCUUGGGUAUCACAGUGUAAUGAGUGCUAACUCAAUGGCCACCGGCCAUGAAGAACAAGGCCCUGCAUGUGUGAGAGCAGAAUGAAGGAGAGCCGAGGGCACCCGGGAAGCCCUGUCUCUCUGGAGCGGCCCUACAUAGGAUCCUGGGGUUACCCAGCAAGACAGUGACUUCUGCUCUAUUUUACCAGGCUGUGGACCUCUCAUGUGCCAGCUGCCAAGUGUGGCGUCCCUGUCUCCUCAAAAGAGUUGCUCUGGCCCCCUUUGCCUAUGGGUCAGAUCUUCUGACACUUGGGUGGGAGCCCUGAACAGGAACCCUUCAUGGCUAUCCCAGUCUGCUUCCCGCCAUCCUCUCAGGAGCCGCGAGCCUCCAGUAGGCGCUGUCAACCCCUCAGGAGCCACGAGCCUCCCGUAGGCGCUGUCAACCCCUCAGGAGCCGCGAGCCUCCCGUAGGCGCUGUCAACCCCUCAGGAGCCGCGAGCCUCCAGUAGGCGCUGUCAACCCCUCAGGACUUGGCUGCAGACCUUCCAUAAAGACACCUAGAAACUGAAUGUCAGAGGACCGUGGCGGCUCAACCUCUAAUCUGACCCCUUGAGAGACAGGAGCAGGAUAGCGAUGAGUCUGGUCCAGCCUACCUAGUAAGUUCCUGACCAAAGGUCCCAACAGAGUCUAAGAGACAGCAAGCUCCUGCAACUGGUGACCCCGCCCUCCUCUGCCGGUGAGAAAACAUGGAAUUAGGGGAUAGGUGAAGAGUAGUCCUGACAGGAAGUUGGAGUUUAGGAAAAAUGGCGGCCCUGAUCACUCAGCAUUGUCCCCCUCAGAUGGGCAACGAAAGCUGAGGAAGGAGAUCUACAAGGGCUGGAGGGGGGCUGUCUCCCCCCAGACACUAGCCCUCUCCUAUCCCAGGAAAAGGGGCAUCAAAAAACCAAGGCCUUGCGUUUGGUUUUUAUUUUUAUUAAAAACCUCCUGAU